AAGAACGUAAAAAAAACGUACGUCACUUCUAUCAGACACAUAACAACACUGAAAUGGCGGCUGAAGAAUUUGGAGAGAUCGCUUCUAAGGAGCAACUUACAGUGGCACAGAAACAAGUUCUCAGGAAAAGACAAGAUCUCGACUAUUGGAAGAAAAACGCGCUAAAAAUACGUAGUCGCAACCGCAUAACUGGACUAGCUAUCGGGGCGUUUGUCAUCGGCAUGUUCAGCUACACUAUCCUCUCAGUGAAGCAGGAGAGGAUCAUGGAGGACAUUGAUAACGAGGCAAAGAUCAAUUACAUCAGAGGCCCCAGGACCGGGACCAACUCUUAAGGAUGUUCCCAGCUCCCUCACCUGCACAGGAACAGUGGAAGCUGAGCUCACACUGGACUGGACUGUCAAUCUGCCAUAUGCAACUGUGGCCAAAAGAUACACACUUGUUUUUGAAAGGUGGAGGCUCCCAUCAAUUUCUGUUAUUUCAAUAUGCAUUGUAGAGAUAGAUGUAACCAUGCACAUGCUCUAGACCUGGAUACCCUGCAAACUGGUUUCUGAAUAUAAUAUAACUUGUUAUAUAAUAAGAGGUUGUUUAAGAAUAUUACAUGGUUUGUGUAUUGUGCAACUAAUUGGCCUCGUAAUAUAGGAGAAAGCUUACGUGUUGGGCUAUUCCGUGAUAUUUGGAUGUUAUAGAAUGAAAUGAAACGUAAAGCUGCAAUCAGAUGAUUCGUGUGUAAUAAAUUAUUUACUUACUUGACGGUGUACCCGUUUUGAGUUUUCAAAGUCAAUGCGUGAUGAUUUUGGACAUCAACCUACAGGGAAAGAAAACUCAAAACAGUGCAUGAUGUUGAAUAGUCAUUUAUUAGCAAUAUUUACAAAUAUGAUUUAGGAAACAAUCACGCUUGGAACGUUAAAAAAAAUGUUAAAGGCACAGAAUCUGCAUGGCAGUAUGUUUUCUAGAAACAUGAUUGACAACAAAAUAGAUUUCAUUGUAUAUUUACUGUUGAUGUCUUGAUUUAGAAGAACACAAUCUGAGUAAUAUAUUUCAUGUGUUCUACUGCAAUCGUUCCCCAUGUGCAUACUUUAAGGCAAAUAGCUCAGAAUUCUUCACAGCUUCAGUUCUUUGUCAUGAAUCAAAUAAUUACCAACAUUAAAUGCAUAGGCACGCAUACCGAUUUAAAAUAUAUAACUAUAAUCUUUACCCCGCUAUUAUUUAUAGGGUGAAAUGUUGUUCAAUAGCAAUAGUGAACGACCCCUAUGGAAAGUGCAUUGUAUCAAUCCAUAGAUUAAGAAGAUAAAAUACGUUUUUAAACCAUAAGCGUCCACUCUAUGCUUAAAAAAUGAAGGCUGAUAAGUGACACCCAGUAUCUUUACUACUAGGCCAUAGAGAGUGAGUAACAAAUGAACAACGUGUAGUAUAUUAUAAGACCUGGAGUGUUUGUAUACUGAACGAAAAUAUAAAUGUAACAUGCAACAGUUUCAAAGAUUUUACUGGUUUACAGUUCAUAUAAGGAAAUCAGUCAAUUCAAAUAAACUAAUUAGAUCAUAAUCUAUGGAUUUCAUAUGACUGAGAAUACAGAUAUGCAUCGGUUGGUCACAGAUACCUUUAUAAAAAAUGGGUCUCACAGCGGACCUCACGAUCUCGUCACGGUAUUUCUGUUCAUUCAAAUUGCCAUCGAUAAAAUGCAAUUGUGUUCGUUGUCCAUUGCUUAUGCCUGCCCAUACCAUAACCCAACCGCCACCAUGGGACACUGUUCACAAUGUUGUAAUCAGCAAACCACUCACCCCACAACGCCAUACACGUGGUAGGUGGUUGUGAGGCUGGUUGGAUGUACUGCCACAUUCUCUAAAACGAAGUUGGAGUCGGUUUAUGGCAGAGAAAUUAACGUUCAAUUCUCUGGCAACAGGUCUGGUGGACAUUCUUGCAGUCAGCAUGCUAAUUGCACAUGCCUUCAAAACUUGAGACAUCUGUAGCAUUGUGUUGUGUGACAAAACUGCACAUUUUAGAGUGACCUUUUAUUGUUCCCAGCACAAGGUGCACCUGUGUAAUGACCAUGCUGUUUAAUCAGCUUCUUGAUAUGCCACACCUGUCAGGAGGAUUGAUUAUCUUGGCAAAGGAGAAAUGCUCACUCACCGGGAUGUAAACAAAUGUAAUUUUAGAAAAGCAGGCUUUUGUGCAUAUGGAACAUGUCUGGGAUAUUUUACUUCAGCUCAUGAAACCAACACUUUACAUGUUGCGUUUAUAUUUUUGUUCAGUGUGCGUUCAAUAAAGUGACAUUUAGUUUUUCA